UUACAUUUCCAAAUAGUAGUAUAUCCAGAGCUUGUGUGCAACCCUCUUCGUGCGACGUGGAUCUACGUUCGGCUCUUGUUGUUAAUCUACGAAAAGUUGCAGUAUUUCUGACAUUCGGUUGAACACAUACGUAGUUCAUUUGUACAAAAUUUGUAGUGGCUAAAAGCAUAUAACCUGCCUCAACCUCAAGAAUGGAUAAAGUUGUUAAAUUCUGUGAACCUGGACGCGUUUUCGCUAAGGACUCAAUCCGUUUGGUGAAACGUUGUACUAAGCCGGACCGCAAGGAGUUCCAGAAAAUCGCUAUUGCAACAGCUAUUGGCUUCUGCAUUAUGGGUUUUAUUGGUUUCUUUGUCAAGCUAAUCCAUAUACCCAUCAACAACAUCAUCGUGGGAUCAUAAGAAAUGCUAUUAAUUACAUACUUAAUUGCAAUUCUUUACCUACACCUCAACAUCUUAAUUCCAUUUUGAUCAAUUAGUAUAUAAGGAAUUAUUUUUCAUACUGAAAACUUUGGUUAUAUACUAAUAUUUAGCAACCUUUACAUAAAAUCAUGUCAAAAGUUUCACGUAAAAUCGUUUUUAAAU